AUGGGUGAUAAAAUGUGGAUCAAAUGGAUCCAUGAAUACUAUAUAAAGGAACAACAGCUGACUACUACGAAGAUACCACAGCAAGCUUCAUGGUUAGUCAGGAAAAUGAUAGAGGCAAGAGAUGAGGUUGAAGCAAUACAGAGGCCAAUGGAAGGGAAAUGUAGCACAAUAAGACAAUUAUACUUGAUUAUGCUGGGCCAACAACCACGAGUUGAAUGGAAGAUGUUUAUGUUCAGGAAUGAAGCAAGGGCAAAAGCAAAAUUCACAAUGGGGCUAUACUUCCAAGAUAGGAUGAUGACCAGUGAUAGGCUGCAUAAAUGGGGAAUACAGGUUGAUAAAGAAUGUGUUAUGUGCAAAGUACAUGAAGAAACCAGGAACCACAUCUUUGUGGAAUGUGAAUACACUAAGAGGGUAUGGGGGAAACUGUUAAAGUGGAUGCAGAAGCAACCAUCUUGGCAAACAGAAUGGAACCAGCACUGGAAGUGGGCUAAGGAGAAUGCAAAGGGGAGAUCGACUAAGGCUGGAAUUUUCAAGAUGGUGUAUACUGAAGUUAUUCAUGCAAUCUGGAAUGAAAGAAAUUACAGGAUUUUCCAAAAGCAAAACAAAGCAGCUGAGGAGUUAGCUAGGAGAAUUGCUUAUGUAUGUAAAGUUAGAGCAACUAGAGUAAUAGACAAAUGA